GUUUAAUGUUAGUCAGUGUCAUGCUGCCACUGACAAGUCGAUAGUUGAGUGGAGCCGCUUCUGGGCGUAGUUGAAAACGCGCGCGCGCACGCUGAGCGUUGCAGCAGUCGUCGCAGCCUCGAAUGUGUGUCGACGAACAUUUUCUUUUUCGUUGUAAUCGAAGGAAACGCGCGUCCAUUCGACGAGACCGAGGAAAGUGUGACAAACUUGCGCGAUUCGAGGAUGCCUGAGGAAGCCGCCGCCGCCGCCGCCACCACCGCCGCGCCCAGCCUCUCUUCGAGAUUGCAGAAGCAUCUCAAGGAGGCGCCGUUUUUCUGCAAAAUUAUCGAACUGGUACUGUGCGUCGUGGCAACGGGAUUGGUGGCAGGGCCGUUCCAGCAGAAUCAGAUGCGGCCGACUGACAUACACCACAUAGCGAUAUUUCACGUGGCAGUGUGCGGUUACAUUCUCAUAAACGCGAUUCUCAUUAUGAGCCAUUUAAUGGGCGAGCGAUUGCCGAAGAAGACGUCUCUGAUGUUCACGACGAUGGGAGCAAUUUUAUGCUGCACCGCCGGCCUCAUUCUGAUUCGCGACUGGGAUAAUUUCUCGACUAAUUUGAUUCACGCGUAUCUGGAGGAGUACAGCGACCAGACGGUGGCGGCCGGCUGCUUCGCGAUCUUGGCGGCCCUGGUGUUCGCCGUGGACACGUACUUCACCAACAAGUACGACUGAUCAUCACCGACGGUGCCGAUGUUCGCAGGAGUACAGUGCGAAAUCGACCGCUUUGUACGUUCAGCUCGACAAAUGAGAAUGCUAAUAUUAUAACGCCAAGUAUUAUAAUAUCCCCAAAGUUCCGCCGGAUCGGUGUUAAUAAAGAGAAACUUCUAUUCCAGUC